CUCUCUGAUGCAUGCACACACACAGACUUCACUGCUCACUCAAUCGCUUGCUCACCCCCUCCCUCCCCCCUUCAGUUGCCGUUCUGUAACCGCACGGACACUCUCCACUUCAGUACAGCUCCUGUGCAUUUUCUUGCUAUUCCAAAGCUGCCGUCUCGGUACCUCGCACACCGCAUGCACUCACAAGCAUCUGUUAUGUUCCAGCUUCUGCUCAAAGUGUACACACAGAGCGGGAUGAUGACAGAAAGACACCAAAGAGGAAAGCAGAGUGUGAGAAGGAAUUAAAAGGAGUGAAGGCAGAGAACCUGCUUUUGCAGAAAGGUGGGACGACAGUUUAAUUCUGUGAAAAUUUGGAUUAAACUGGCUGCAUUUUUGCUCUCAAGUUACUGCUAAAGGUGAUGAGCUCCAAAAAUCUCUGAGUGGGAUCCUGACGCAUAUUGGGAGUCUGCUUUUGAGUUUACCCACCCAGCACUGAUCCACAUUGCAUCCUUUGUUUCACUGUGGCUCAGUUAACGUCACUGGACUUCAACUUGGGGACCUGAACUUCACAGAUCGCCAAUGCUAACAAGGAACUGUCUGCUUCUGUUCCUGUGGAUUCUUGUCAACGAGGGUUCGUUUUUUUCUUUACAUCCGCCUUCAUUGCCACUGGGACGGAGCAGGACAGCAAGGGAGCACGCCAGGAACUUGGUGGGCUCAAUGAGGAAUGGAGCUGCUGGAUCUCAGCGGGUCAAAAGGGGAUGGGUGUGGAACCAGUUUUUUGUACUAGAGGAGUACAUGGGGUCAGAUCCACAAUAUGUCGGCAAGCUCCACACUGACCUCGAUAAGGGGGACAGUUCGGUGAAGUACACCCUCUCGGGGGACGGUGCUGGCUCCAUUUUCACAAUUGACCAGACAACGGGGGACAUCCAUGCCUUAAGAAGUCUUGACAGGGAGGAGAAGCCUUUCUACACCUUGCGCGCCCAAGCUGUGGACAUGAACACCGAUAUCCCCCUGGAGCCUGAAUCUGAAUUUGUAAUCAAGGUCCAAGAUAUCAAUGACAAUGAGCCAAAGUUCCUGGAGGGACCAUAUAUGGCCAGUGUUCCUGAGAUGUCCCCAGUUGGAACCUAUGUAACGCAGGUAACAGCCACGGAUGCAGAUGACCCCACCUAUGGAAACAGUGCUAGAGUAGUCUACAGCAUCCUCCAUGGCCAACCAUACUUCUCUGUUGACCCCAAAACAGGGGUUAUAAAGACAGCCUUGCCCAAUAUGGACAGGGAGGUGAAGGAACAGUACCAGGUAUUAAUCCAGGCCAAGGACAUGGGAGGCCAGUUGGGAGGACUGGCUGGGACCACCAUUGUCAACAUUACCCUCAGCGAUGUCAAUGAUAAUCCACCUAGAUUCUCUAAAAGUUUCUUUCACCUGAGAGUUCCCGAAUCUUCUGCAGUAGGGUCAGCUGUCGGCAGAAUCAAAGCCCAUGACUUAGACAUCGGGAGAAACGCUGAAGUUGAGUACACCAUUGUGCCAGGUGAUGGAGGUGCCAUGUUUGAUAUCACCACUAAUGAACACAACCAGGAGGGGAUCAUUAUUCUCAAGAGGCCCCUGGACUAUGAAACCAAGAAGGCAUACACCUUUAAGGUAGACGCGUCCAAUGCUCAUCUGGAUCCACGGUUUCAGAGCUUUGGGGCCUUCAAAGACACAGCAACAGUGAAGAUUAACGUUUUGGAUGUGGAUGAGCCCCCGGUGUUCAAUAAGCCCUCCUAUGUGAUGGAUGUGUAUGAGGACACACCCGCAGGCACCAUCAUUGGCGCAGUGACUGCACAGGAUUUAGAUGCCAGCAGCAGCCCAGUCAGGUAUUCCAUUGACUGGAGGAGUGACUUGGACAGCUACUUUGACAUCGAUCCAGUGGAAGGAACUAUUUCCACAAAUGAGCUGCUUGACAGAGAGAGCAUCGCCCAGCACAACAUCUCCAUUGUGGCGACCAAACUUAACAGUCCAGUUCUGACCAGCCGGGUGGCUGUCACUGUCCAUGUGCUGGACAUCAACGAGUUCCCCCCAGAACUGGCCAGCCCUUAUGAGACCUUUGUGUGUGAAAAUGCCAAAGUGGGACAGGUGAUUCAAACCUUCAGUGCAAAAGACCAGGAUCUACCAAGUGCUGGACAGCAGUUCUCAUUCAGAACAUCAAAGGAAGAUAUAAAGAAUAAAAAUUUCACCAUCCGAGACUUUGGAAAUAACACAGCUGGGAUUGUGACAAAGCGGAGCGGCUUUAGAAGGCGCUUACAGGAGAUCUAUUUCCUCCCUGUUGUGAUCGACGACAAUGGCUACCCGCCCAGGAGCAGCACAGGGACCCUGACCAUCCGUGUAUGUGGCUGCGAAUCUGAUGGCUCCCUGCUAACGUGCAGCGCAGAGGCCAUCUUUCUUCCAGUGGGUCUUAGCACAGGGGCUCUGAUUGCCAUUCUUCUCUGUAUUGUCAUCUUAUUAGUUAUCGUGGUGCUCUACGUGGGGUUGAGACGGCAAAAGAAAAAGGAAACACUCAUGUCAUCCAAAGAAGACAUCCGAGAUAAUGUGAUCCAUUAUGAUGAUGAAGGAGGAGGGGAAGAGGACACACAUGCAUUUGACAUGGGGACCCUACGCAAUCCCAAGGUUGUAAAGGAGAACCUGUUCCGCAGGGAUGUCAAACCAGAGAUGAAAAGAGGCCCUAGGCCGCCUUUCUCUCAGGACAGCGCAGACAUCCGAGACUUCAUCAACGAGCGUCUGAAAGAGCAUGACGUGGACAACUCAGCUCCACCCUACGACUCCUUGGCUACAUACGCUUACGAGGGUGAUGGCUCUGUUGCUGAGUCUCUUAGCUCCAUUGAAUCCUUUGUAGUAGACCCUGAGGAGGACUUUGAUUACCUCAGUGACUGGGGGCCUCGCUUUAAAACACUGGCAGGGAUAUUUGGGGAACAGCCAGAAACUCAGUUGGACUCAACAACCUCGGAGGACACACAUUGAUGUUAUUCACGGACUAAACAUGUGACAUAGUUCUUUUUGGUGGCUUCACAUUUUGUUUAAUCACUAUUUUCCUCCAGUGUUAUCUGUUUUUUUUAUUUUUCCAGCUCACUGUUUUUUUAUUUUAUGUGGUACUUUACCAUGGUUAGUCCCAAAAUUGUAAAAAUAAAUAAAUGAAUAAAUUUAAAAAAUGAGGGAACACAUGGUAACAUAAUUAGAUGAGCAGCCAUUCAAUUUUCUUUCAAUUGAAUGUUGUUUCUUGUCAUACAACUUGUUUCCUCUUGGGAAAUACGUAUGGAAAUGUUGACAUUUCCUGGAACAUUCUUUAAAGUGCCUCAAUAUAAUUGUUCUUUCACUUGCUCUUUCUCGGCACAUAUCCAGUGUUGUUUUUUUUGGAACUCCAGAAGUUUAGCUGAUUCAGUCAGUGUGCUGUACUGUGCUCUGACUGGCUGAGGCAUCAAGGUUAAGUCAGCUCAGUGGGAAUGGAGCGGCCCGAGUUUGGCCAAAGAUGUUUUGAAUGUUAUUUAUUGUUCUAUUUAUUUAUUGACUGAUUGAGCUUGAUUGGAUGUUUGUGUAUUUAUCUAUUUAUCUCUCAGUCAUCAAUCUGUAUUUUUUAUUUUUGGAGACACACAAUGAUUUUGUAAUUAAUAAAGGCCCACAUGAAAAUGUAUGUUUCUGUUAGGUGGGUCCUGUGAAUAGACUUGUACUAGAGUUGUAAAAAUUAGGGCUAAAUAAUGCAGUUCAGUCAUGUAAUAAGCACUGUUUUCUUAAAUAAACCACACUUGGACAGA